AUGCCAUUUGUACAGCGUGUAAUCGAACCAAAAUAUUUAAGUAAAACACGUUUACAUGAUUCAGAUAAUAAACCAAUAGUGAAUGAUUGCGAAUUAGAAGCGGUUACAAAUAAUACGUUAAGUAAUGCAUUAAGGCAAUUAGCAUCCUUAGUUUUAGUUGCUAAUGAUAUAUUUGUGGAUUUAACGAAAGAAUUAGAAAAUGUUCAAGAACGUUCAAGGACACUUAAAACACGUCUUCAAUCUAUUGAGGAUCGUGUUUCUCAUUUUGAUCCUAAGAAGGUCACAGUUCACGAAAAAUAUCGUACACGUGAAGUAGAAAGCUAA